GGGUGCCACUGCCAGUUCAGUUGCUGUCCAGGUGCUCAGCGGUGGGGUUCGUGGUUAGCACGCCUCCCUGCCCGGCCCUUCACUGGUUCCCUCGGACGGAAGGCAGCUGCCAGAGAAGAGGCGCGGCGUCGCACCGCCCGGACCUGAGGAAGCCGCCGCUUGCUCUGAACGCGCGGGCCCGCCCAGGGCGUUAAGAGUCUCGGCGCCAGUUCGCGGGGCCCCGGGCCGACUCCCAGCCAUGAGCUACGGCCGCCCGCCUCCCGACGUGGAGGGCAUGACCUCGCUCAAGGUGGACAACCUGACCUACCGCACCUCGCCCGACACGCUGAGGCGCGUCUUCGAGAAGUACGGGCGCGUGGGCGACGUGUACAUCCCGCGGGACCGCUACACCAAGGAGUCCCGCGGCUUCGCCUUCGUGCGCUUCCACGACAAGCGCGACGCCGAGGACGCCAUGGACGCCAUGGACGGGGCGGUGCUGGACGGCCGCGAGCUGCGGGUGCAGAUGGCGCGCUACGGCCGCCCGCCGGACUCGCACCACAGCCGCCGCGGCCCGCCGCCACGCAGGUACGGCGGCGGCGGCUACGGACGGCGGAGCCGCAGCCCGCGCCGCCGCCGCCGCAGCCGAUCCCGGAGUCGGAGCCGCUCCAGGUCCCGCAGCCGGUCCCGCUACAGCCGCUCCAAGUCUCGGUCCCACCGCUCCCGCUCGCGCUCGACCUCCAAGUCCAGAUCCGCGCGGAGAUCCAAGUCCAAGUCGUCGUCCGUGUCCCGGUCCCGCUCGCGCUCCAGGUCGCGCUCCCGCUCGCGGAGCCCGCCGCCCGUGUCGAAGAGGGAGUCCAAGUCGCGGUCGCGCUCCAAGAGCCCCCCGAAGUCCCCGGAGGAGGAGGGCGCGGUGUCCUCCUGAGCGCACGCUGCGGUCUCCUGUUUGAUAAAAGAAUAUUGGCCAGUAUUGCAGAUUUUAACUGAUUUGGCUGAUCCUCCAGGGACCAGUUUCUGUGGGCGUGUAUUGGAGCAGGUUUGUCUUUAAACGUUAAAGAUGCACUAUCCUCUUAGAGAAACAAUCAGUUCAACCAUUGUUGGACUGACUGGGACUUCUUAACUCUAAUGGAUGUGGCAAACGAAUUGCAAUUAAAGAAGCAGUGAACUUUUGGAAACCCAAAAGAAAGCUUACAGGUAUUGCACUGGGUGGGGAAAGGAUAGUGUGUCUUUAACUCUCAAAUUGUUUGGUCCUAAUUUUUUAAAAGGAAAAGGGCCCUAACUAGACCACAUUAAAAGUACUCUCAAUUGCCAGAUGUUUCAUUUGAAAAUAAAUCUUAAAAAUAUCAACUAGUUUUAAGAUUUUGUUUGGAUACAGCCCCUCUCCCUCCUUUUUUUUUUUUUUUCUUUUCUCCCUCCCUUACCUUUUUUUCACCUUGCCUAUUUGGCCAAGAACUCACAAUUCAAACUUGUACAAGCUGAUGGCAGCCUUUGAAAAUUUCUUAGUUGGGCCUUUAAAAAAUCUGAUAAUGGCUGGGUGGAACCUUACUGUAACCUACUUGUUUCACCAGAGCCUUAGUAAGUACAUGCCUGAAACUGAAACCAUGUGCACUUGGGUACCUUCAUAGUGAUGGGAGGUAAGCUGAACCUUUUUCUUUUCAAACCUAGAUGGAUCGUCAAGCAGCAUAACAGAGGACUUGGGGAAAAAGGACCACACAUACUCAGUCCAUCGGUCCAUGGAAGAGUCCUUGGAACAAGCAACUGGCUAUUGAAAAGGUUAUUUUGUAACAUUUGUCUAACUUUUUACUUGUUUUACCUUUGCCUCAGGUGGCAAAUUCAUUUUUUGUGUGCCAUUUUGUUGCUGUUAUUCAAAUUUCUUGUAAUUUAGUGAGGUGAACGACUUCAGAUUUCAUUAUUGGAUUGGAUAUUUGAGGUAAAAUUUCAUUUUUGUUUAUAUAGUGCUGACUUUUUUUGUUUGAAAUUAAACAGAUUGGUAACCUAAUUUGUGGCCUCCUGACUUAAAAAGGAAACGUGCAGCCAUUACACACAGCCUAAAUCUGUCAACAGAUUGACUCAACAUUGCCUUCAUUCCUUAAAAUUAAAAACCUACAAAAGUUGGUGUAAAUUUGUUGAUAUAUGUUAUUUACCUUCAGAUCUAAGUGGUAAUCUGAACCCAAAUUUGUAUAAAGACUUUUCAAGUGAAAAGAUUUAAAAAAAAAAAAAGGGAUUGUUUACCAAACACAAUUCUAAUCUCUUCUCUUAUGUAUUUUUGUGCACUAGGCGCAGUUGUGUAGCAGUUGAGUAAUGCUGGUUAGCUGUUAAGGUGGCGUGUUGCAGUGCAGAGUGCUUGGCUGUUUCCUGUUUUCUCCUGAUUGCUCCUGUGUAAAGAUGCCUUGUCGUGCAGAAACAAAUGGCUGUCCAGUUUAUUAAAAUGCCUGACAACUGCACUUCCAGUCACCCGGGUCUUGCAUAUAAAUAACGGAGCAUACAGUGAGCACAUCUAGCUGAUGAUAAUACACUUUUUCCCCCCUUUUUCCCCCUCCAAAAUGGUAAAUCCAAUCAUCCUCAUGUAUAAAUUUAAAGUAUGGAAAAAUGUUAAGGAAGCAAAUGGUUUGUAACUUUGUACGUACUUAAAACAUGGUGUAUCUUUUUGCUUAUGAAUAUUCUGUACUAUAACCAUUGUUUCUGUAGUUUAAUUAAAAUGUUUUCUUGGUGUUAGCUUUUCU